AUGUCGUUAUGUGGAAGCUUUCUGUCAGACGAGCAGUUCCUGUGCUCAAUCUGCCUCGAUGUGUUCACCAACCCUUCGUCCACGCCGUGCGGACACAGCUUCUGCAUGGCCUGCAUCAGCAGAUACUGGGACGGGUCUAAGGUUUAUCAGUGUCCUCUGUGUAAGAAGUCCUUCCAGAAGCGACCAGAGCUCCAGAUCAACAGGACGCUGCGAGAGAUUACCGAUCAGUUCAAGAUUUACUGUAAGACUGAUCGAGUAUGUAUCUGUCCUGAAUGUGAGACCAAAGACCAUCAAGGCCACGACACAGUGACUCUGGAAGCCGAAUGGAUGGAAACCAAGGACCAGCUGAGUGUGUCGGAGCAGGAGGUCCAGGUGAUGAUCAGAGAAAGAAUCAGGAAGAUCGAGGAGAUCAGGCUGUCAGCGACUGAGCUGGAGUUGGCGGUGGAGCGAGAGAUGGCGGGCAGCGUUUGCCUGUUUUCUGAGCUGGUGUCUGCCAUCGAGCACUCCCAGACGGAGCUGAUGGAGGUGAUGGAUAUGAGCCGGAGGGCGGCCAUGCUCCAGGCCGACGCCCUCAUACGACAGCUGGAGCUGGAGGUCGAAGAACUGCGGAGUAGGGAAAGCGCCCUCGUCGAGCUCGGCCAAUCAGAUGACUACAUGCACUGUGUCCAGACUUUCCCCAUCCACUCCAGUCCUCCACACGCCAGAGACUGGACAGGGGUGUCGGUGAACUCUGACCUUGGAACAGGGACCAUCUACAGGUCGCUGGCAGCUCUGGUGGAGAAGUUCCAGGAAGAGCUGCUGAUCAUCGCAGAAACAGGUUUUCCUGCCUCAGAGACGACCAGUCCGGCCCGAUCUCAGCCCAGGAUGAGGAGGAUUGAGGAGUAUGCAGUGGACGUGACUCUGGACUGCAACACUGCUCAUCCCAGACUGAUUCUGUCAGAGGACAUGAAGAGUGUGAGGUGUGGAGAGCGACACCAGAUGCUUCCAGAUAAUCCAGAGAGGUUUGACAGAGUCGUCUGUGUCAUAGGGAGGGAGGCGAUCUCCUCUGGGAGACACUACUGGGAGGUGGAGGUGGGCAGGAAGACAGACUGGGAUCUUGGAGUGGCCAAACAAUCAAUCAACAGGAAGGGGAAGAUUGAAGUUACCCCUAGCAACGGAUACUGGUUCCUCAGUCUGAGGGACAAGAAAAAGUACACCUUUCGCAGUGAACCCUCCACCGACGUCCAUCUGAACCGCCGACCAAAUAGGAUCGGGAUAUUUGUGGACUUUGAGAAAGGACAGGUGUCUUUCUACAACGUUGAUGCUAAAAUUCACAUCUACACUUUCAAUGACACUUUCAGUGAAUGCAUCUUCCCGUUCUUCAGCCCUUGUACUAAUAAAUCGGGGAAGAACGACGGGCCACUAAUUAUCACUCCAGUAAACAUGACAGAGUGA